AACGGGCGCGUGCGGUGCCGUUUUGAAGCGUCAUCUGCGGCACGCGGUCGUGGUGCGACACCCCCGCGCGGAGGUGGUGCGUUGUUUUGUUUUUUUAAAUCUUGCGAGACACACGCGACACUGCAUACUUGACAGAGCUGGCUGCGAGAGCAGAGGGAGAAAUAGAAGUAUGUCGUCGCGAAGAAUGGGAGGGAAAUGAACCCGCUGCGCUCACCUGUGUGGGCAGUGAAACACGGAAGCGGGUCGAGCCGCGGAGGAUAAGAAGAAGGUGCCGCACAUGGACGCACGGGCGGACGCGCCGGGGGGCGCGCCGGUCGCCGCGGCGGAGAACGAAGCAGAGAGCAUGCCGCUGCACGAGGAGCAGUCCGCCCACGGUCACCUGGACACGUGCCCCUCCUGCCGCCUGAACUUUCACAGUCGCGAGCCCAGGCUCCUGCCGUGUCUGCACUCGUUCUGCAAGAAAUGUCUGCCGUCGCCCUCCAGGCAUCUGUCCGGGGCCGAGCUGCCCCGCUCCCUGGUGGACGGCGCGACCAGACCACUGAACGUGAUCCGCUGCCCGGUGUGCAGGCAGGAGUGUAUGGAGGUGGAUGUGGUGGACAACGUGUUUGUGAAGGACUCAGCCGAGGCUCCCAGCAGCACAGUGGAGAGGAUGGUCCAGCUCUGUAUGACCUGCGACGACAACACUGAAGCCGCCGGGUUCUGCGUGGAAUGUGUCGAGUACCUGUGCGCCACGUGUGUGGAGGCCCACCAAAGGGUCAAGUUCACCAAAGACCACACCAUCAGACAGAAGACAGACGUAUCACAAGAGGUCCACGGUGUGUCGACGCAGAGGCCGAUGUUCUGUGACAUCCACAAACAAGAAACACUGAAGCUGUUCUGUGAGACCUGUGACCAGCUCACCUGUCGUGACUGCCAGCUAGUCAAGCACAAGGACCACAAUUACCAGUUCCUUGAAGACGCUUUUAAAAACCACAAACAGCACAUGGAGACUAUGACCCAGCAGCUGCAGGAGAAAAAGAAACUGAUUGAAGACGUUUCAACCUCCAUAAACAAUGGACUUCUUCAGGUUGAUCAGAAUCGUACGUCUGUUCACGAUGAAAUCAAGAAGUCCAUCUGUAGUUUGAUUCUUGAGAUCAACAAAAAGGGCAGGCUGCUCGUUAACCAACUCGAGGCUGUGACCAAGGAUCACGAGAGCGUCCUGCGAAAACAACAGGAGGACAUCGGCUAUCUGUCCAGACACCUGGAUCAUGUCAUCAACUUCACCAAAUGGGCCACAGCCAAGAAUGGGGGCACGGCCCUCUUGUACUGUAAACGUCUGAUUCUGUUUCAGAUUGGAAACCUCCUGAGGGCAAAAUGCAGUACCUCAUUUAUCCCACAGAGCACUGUGCGCUUCCAGUGCCGAUCCUCUUACUGGGCCUCGAAUAUUGAUCUGGGCUCUUUAGUGAUAGAGAGUGUACCGGGGCACCAUCUGGUUGGUUUUCAGGGUAUCCCUCAUCAGCUGUCCAACCCUGGGCAAGGCCCCUCAGGCUCACCCCACAGCUUUGCCGUGGGAGCUCCCCUCAACACCCUGGCUCAGCUCCAGCUGCAGGUGAACAAGAUAAACCCACAGGCCCACUGGCAACCGCAGCCCCCUCCCCCACCGUGGACAUGGUACCAGAGUGUGCGGCUACAGCGAACAGUCCCAGCGGCCCUGCAGGGAGGCUCUCCCUCCCAUUGUAUGCCUCCUCAACCGGGCCGCAGGUUUAUGGUGCCUCCUCCGAACCACGUCAGCCCAACGAGCAGCUUGCCGAGCCCUGGGUUCACGCACCAGCCUCCCAGGGGGGUGGAGAGCAGCUGCACCUACCAAGCCAAACCUAUGGACAUAUUUUCCUCUUCCCCUUUGUACACCCAUGUUACACCACUGCCCGUCAAUGGUGUCGUGAGUUCGUCUCUGUCACGACAUACAACUGAGCCCACAUAUCUGAAAAGGAGGAGUGAUGCAGGUGGUCCAUUAUACAUGCUCAAACCAAACUAUGCCCAGAGCCAACACCCUUCUUUGCCCGACAAAAAUGUGCAAGGACAGCGGAUUUCACCAGGGUACGCUGCUGUGUCCCAAAUGGAGCAACCAGGGACUGUUCCCUGGGAUCCUCCAGGAACACAAGAGGCCGGUGAAACUGUCAGGAAAAGACGGAGGUCGUCACCAGGUCCCGUCAUUGUCAUCAAAGAUGAGCCAGAAGAUGACAAUAGCUAUGUACAGAACAACCAAAGAGCCAGCCUUCCAGACAGCACAGGGGAACACCCGCCAAUCAGAGCCCAAGGCGAAGGGAACAAGGUCCCAACUCUUCCUCAAAGCGCAGAUGACAAACGCCACGGCCCGUCAAAGCCUCAGAGCAGUUCACAGGACCAGAGUAAGACCGAUGCUCCAAAUCACACCCGUUCACCAGGAGGUGAACGGCAGGUAGAGCACAGUGAAGCACGACUGGAAGACUCUAAUGAAGCCUUGUGUGCUGUGUGUCAGAGUGGAGGAGACCUGCUGUGCUGCGAUAAGUGUCCCAAAGCUUUUCACCCUGCGUGCCAUGUUCCGUCCCUCCUCGAAUCUCCCAGUGGGGAAUGGUUCUGCUCUGUCUGCCGUGACCUGUUAGUGCCCGAGAUGGAGUAUGACUGUGACAGCAAACCCGAGGCCAAAACACUGAAGAAGGAGCCAGACUCUGAGGGAGGACUUCCCCCUGUGGACAAACGAAAGUGCGACCGGCUGUUGCUGCACUUGCUUUGCUGUGACCCGAGUUCAAACCUUGGAGAGCCAGCGACCCCCUCGGUAUGUGCUAAUAACAGGCCGACUACGAAGGGACCAAUGAAUCUUUCAGCUGUGAAAGAGCGACUGGAGGCGAAGCAGAGUCUGUGCUACCAAAGCAGCGCAGAGUUUGUAUCAGACAUCAGGCUCAUCUUGGGGAGUUGUGGAGCCCUCAGUGAGGCUGCCUCGGAGGUCACCACUGCAGGCGGGAGGUUUGCAGAGCUGUUUGAAGAACACCUGAGGAUCAUCUUUCCUGACCAAACCUUCCCCGAAAUAAAACGGGAGGUGAUGCCCGCGGCCCCCCCAGACUCCCAAGUCCCAUCUGCUGACAAUAUUUUCCAGCCCGCAAAGCGCCAGCGCCCAUGUUCAUAUCCCCAGGAAACGGCGAGUGGCGAGGAGGGAGUGGUAUUAAAAGCACAAAUUUUCCCUUAAAAGGGUUUUGAUACGUUAUUUAACAACACUGCCAGCACCAGCUAGUAAGUGGUGUGUGAAACUUUAAGACAAACAUUUAUGACACAGAUUCCAGUCAUGGUGAAUUGUGAAAAAAAAAGCAGAGAACAGGGAUACAUUGCACCACAUUUUCUAUGUUCUGGACUGUUACAGCUGUUGGAAUAACCCUAAACCAGAAUGGGCUACAUGCACUAGGCUUCGUGACGUACUUCCGUUUCAAAAUAAUGCUGCUCGUCUGUUUCCGGCCUGUUUACUGUUACUGUGUUUACUCACUACUUCAUUCAGAGAUUUGUCACGAGUCUACGCAGGAAAGUGUGUCCCACUUCUUUCGGCGUCAUCAAAAUUUAAUGGCGAACUAAGUUUUCAUGGGUUUCCCCGACCCGUCCCAACCUGAGGAGACGACGACGGCGGGUAAACAUACGCCGGGAUCAUUUCUCCGUCACCUCUCACACGAAGGUCAAUUCACAUCAUUACCAAUCAACUAAUGAAGUGGCCUCAGUGUUGAACCGUACCGAAAACAGUCGAGCAGUACUAGCAAGUAGAACCCGGAAAUAGUUGUGCAAGUAGCCCAUUAACACUGAAAACAGACAGGAUAGAACAUAUCAAGGACAUCUACCGAGGUACAGAGUAUUACAUCUGACAGUCACCUGUCUUGUUUUUUUACUUUAAGUCUCCAUGUGUAAAUAUACCAGUGAUCAGAGGGAGGAUGAUAAUCAUGAGACUUGAUGUUUGUGGUCUAUAUUAUUUAUAACCCCCCAGGCUAGUAGAGUGAAAACAUAAAGGGAAUCGGAAUAGUCUUUUAAUAAUGCUUUUUUUUUUCUUUUUUUUUUACAUAACCAGAUUUAAUGCCGUAAAGGUAUAUGUGUAAUUUAUUAUUUAUUUAUCUGUUAAUUUAUAUGAAGAGGACUUUGUCAAAUAUCAUUGUGACGAGCUGGAAAUAUUGUUUCAAAAUGUGCAACUUUAUUUUCAGGAUCAGUCGUAUUCAGUUAACAUGGUUUCACAUUGUGAACUGUUUUUUUUUGGAGCGUCCAAGAGCCAGAACAUUAAGCCCUGAGCCUACUUGCAUGCAAGUCAACUCGCAGGUGUUUACAGUGUACAAUAAAACACGAUAGCUCCGGUGUGGGUAAUGA